CCCGCCUCCCCCGGGGCGGAUAAAGGCGGCGGCACCGGCAGCGGCACCGGGCGGGAUGGCCCGGGGCGCGCUCCGCCUGCUCUGCUGCGCCGCUGCCCUGCUCGCUGCCACAGGUGAGGAUACCAGACAUGGUGCUAAUUUCACCACCACAGUGUCUCUGAGCACCUCAGGGGCAGCCUCAUCUCCAUCCCCUCAUCCAUUUAACACCUCAAGAACAUCAGCACCUCCAUCACCUUCAUCCAGCACCAUCACAGCAUCAACUACACCCACUACCCGGGAAUCAACAUUUCCACCCAGCACCACCACAGCACUAACUCCAAGCAGUACCUUGGGAUCAACAGCACCUCCAUCAUCUUCAUCCAGCACCAUCACAGCAUCAGCUCCAAACAAUACCUUGGAAACAGCAUCUUCAUCCAGCACCACCACAGCACUAACUACAAACAAUAACUUGGGAUCAACAUUUCCACCCAGCACCACCACAGCACUAACUCCAAGCAGUACCUUGGGAUCAACAUCUCAACCCAGCACCACCACAGCACUAACUCCAAGCAGUACCUUGGGAUCAACAGCACCUCCAUCAUCUUCAUCCAGCACCAUCACAGCAUCAACUCCAAACAAUACCUUGGAAACAGCAUCUUCAUCCAGCACCACCACAGCACUAAUUCCAAACAGUACCUGGGAAUCAACAUUUCCAUCCAGCACCACCACAGCACUAACUACAAACAAUACCUGGGGAUCAACAUCUCAACCCAACACCACCACAGCACCAUCUUCAGCGAGGACACCGGAAUCAACAACAGCUUUGACACCCUCGUCCAAUGCCACCACAGCACCAACUCCAUCCCACACGAGUGUGUCCGGAUCCACAGAGCAUCCAUCCAACACAACAGCACCAACAGGUCCCAACAGCACCAGCACUGUCACCAGCAGCUCCAGAACCACAGCAGCCUCUGGCAGCACAGCUGAGCAGCACCCCACAGAGCCGAGCCCUGGUGUGGUCAUUGUCGUCUCCCUCGCCGUCUGCCUGCUGGUGGCGGGGGUGGCCGUGCUGCUGGUGCGGCUGUCCCGGCGGCGCGGGACCCCUCCCUUCCGCCGCCUGGACGAGGUGCCCAUGAGCAAAGUGACGGAGGGGACCCCUGUCACCCCCCCCGCCAUCAGCUGACCCCCCCUCUGCAGCCCCCCGAGCUCCCCACACCGCUGAAUAAAGAAGCUGCUGCCCUGCC